GUCAGUGUCCUUCGUAGAGGGAAAAUCUCCCAAAGCUGACUUCAAAACCCUUCCCAAAAUAAGGACAAUGUCCCAAAUUGAAACCCUAGGUAUUCUCGAAGAGAUCCAAGCUCUCGUCUCCGAUAAACUUCAAGUAGUGUCCUACAAGUGGCUGAGUCGUAAUUUUCUGGUGUCAUCUAAUGUAGCGAAAAGAUUGCUUGCUGAGUUUGUUGAGAAACAUGGAAGUGGGUUAGAAGUUGUAUAUAGUUUGUCUGGCUGGUUGAAGAACACUCCAUCAAACUAUCAUAUACAGCUUGUGUCAGGGCCUAAACUUGCAGAAGCCAAGCAAGAAUAUGAUGGCAAUUGCAGAGUUCAUGUGUACAGUGUGCAAGCUUGCAUCCCAAAGGACCCAGCUGCACUUUGGAAUACUGAAUUUAUACAAGCUGAAGAGCUCUUCAAGCAGCCCACCACAGCAGAUAAUUGCUUGAGAGAUAACAGGUUCUGUGGGAUAUUAACUUCAUUUGUCAAACGCAACGUCAAUGGAACUUCCGUAAGGGUUGCAGCUGUACAGCCAAAGAGUGUAGGAAUCUCAGGACCGCCCAAACAUAAUUCUGCUCAAAACAAUGCAGCUUUACCAUCUCAACAAAAUAAAGUUCAGCAAUCAAGCUUAAAAGUUGCUCAGCAGCCUCCCAGUGUGGUAAAAGAUGUUAAAAGCAACAGUACUGACAUAGGAGUCCAUGAUCCGGCCAGCAAGCCUUCUGCUGAUAAAGAACAAAUUUCUUCCUUGUCUUCUAAUAAAAAGAAAGACCAGAAUGAUAAAAGCUCCACUGCAAGUGGAGGUUCAUUAGCAAAUUUAUGGGGUCGUGCAUCUACAAAACCGAAGCCUAGUUGUGUGCCGGCAGAUGAUAGUGAUUCCAUCCAAAAUCGCAAUGUGAGUGCAGAUGCACAAAUUUGUGCUCGUGAAGCAGUAGAGGAUGAGAACAGUGACGAUGGUGCUCAAGAUGUUAAUUUUAGGAGAGCUUCUAAUGGUGAAGGCAAUAGAAAACGGAGGGUAGUUUUUGAUUUCUCAGAUGAGGAUGAGUAUGAAGAUGCUGUCAAUCUAGCUUCACCUGAUCCCCCUAAAGGGAAAUCAUCUUUUGAUUCUGAACAAAAUUCUAAAACUUUGGUUCCAAAGAUACCCAAUUUGAUUGUAGACGAGCCAAAAAAAGAUGAAAUAAAGGUCAAGGAAGAGAAAACUACUAAUAGAGAACCCAAAAGCUCAAGCAAAAGCACAACUGGUGGACAUUCCUCUUUGGUUAAGGUUGAAAACCAGCUUCCUGAAACUGAUGCGAAGGAUAAAGUGAUUGAUGCCGCUCCAAAUUCACCUAAAAGGAGAAAAGUGAUGAAGACACGAAUUGAUGACCGAGGAAGAGAAGUAACUGAGGUAGUCUGGGAAGGUGAGGAGACAGAGGUGAAAGUUGAAAGUGACAUGCCCAGGAAAGUUGGAAGUGGAACACCCAAUGCUGACAACAAUACUGUCACAAAUACUAAUAACAGGCCUCCUGCAGCCAAGAAGUCUCCUGCACUUGGAAACACUGCACCAUCUAAUCCAGGAGGUAAAGCUGGAAACAAGAAAGCUGGAAAUGCAAAGGAUCCUAAGCAAGGGAACAUUCUAUCGUUCUUCAAAAGGGUUUGAUCAGAUUGAUGCCAAGCGGCUUUGCUUUUUCUUCCCAUUUUGUAUGAGCUUUGCAGUAAUGAAAGGUUGCUUUAACAGACAUCAGUAUAUGUUCAUGUAUAUUCUCAUGGACUUUUAUGAAGUUAUAUUUCUCAAUUUGCACCUUCA